AUGAAGUGCCUCUACGAGGUGCUGGGGGUGGAGCGUGAUGUGGAGGAGGCGGGCCUGCGCAAGGCCUACCGCCUGCUGGCCCUGAAGUGGCACCCCGACAAGAACCAGGACAACCUGGCGGCCGCGGAGGAGCGGUUCAAGGAGAUCCAGAAUGCCUACGAGAUCCUGUCAGACCCGCACGAGCGAGCC